AUGAAACUCGAGGAGCUUCUGAUGAUGGAGUCGAGCUGCGAUCGCGACGAGAUCAUUGACCUGCGUGCUCUGGACUAUGUCUCCAGUUAUGACGACCAUCUUAUGUGUGCGAUAUGCCACUGCCCCUUUAUUCGCCCGGUUCGCUUGCAGUGCGACCAUGUUUUCUGUCAAAAGUGCCUAAAUUCCGCCAUUACAACGUUUGCCGCUGGUCGGGAUGAUUUCACAUGUCCGACCUGCCGCACGCCGACUCGAGAUGUCUACCUCAAUGUACCUCGACUAUUGAUCAAUAUGUGCGACGAUGUACGAGUAAAGUGCCCAUUUUCGAGCGAGGGUUGCAAGGAAAUUGUACCGAGGGGUCAUGUUCAAGCUCACGUCGACAAAUAUUGUGGGUAUAGGCUCAUGGAUUGCCCGGGUACGCUUUGCGACAAGAAGACCAGGAAGAAGGACCUCGGUCCCGAUAGAAAAUGCAUGCAUAAGCUGCACCAGUGCUCUCGUUGCGAGGAGGAAGUGAUGGAACAGGAUUACGAGACAACGGUUUUUCGAAAAGCGUUGAGGGAUCAUAUUGAAACCUGCCCCGAGGCAAUACAUGCUUGUGCCGCGUCCAAAUACGGAUGUCCCGUUAAAGUCAAGCGGGCCGACUUGGUGACACAUGAGCAAAUUUGUCCACUCAUCGCUAUGGGCCCUUAUUUCGAGGCUCAGAAUGCCCGGCUUGACUCCUUGGAAUUGACCAUCCGCCAUCUUCAGCAGCGAAAUGAGAUCUUUGAGGACGGGAUCGCAAACAUUCGCUCUACCCUACUUGAUACUUCGCGUGCCCUUCCUGGACACGACACAGGGGCACAAUCAGGCUCCUCGGGGCAGUCGGGGUCAUCAAGCUCUCCGCGUGUAUCGGGCAGUCAAUCACACGCUGAUAAUUCUAGUGCAAUCUCUUCUAAUGCCGCCACCACGACGUAUCUACUUGCUCUGCACGAGUCUCUUCGGGAGGAAGUUGGUCAGCUUUCACAUGCAAUCACCGAUUUAGACGCUCGCGCCAGCAUGGCCAUCAUGAAUGAGUGUCUCCGCAUAAAGGAGGACAUGGCUCACACAAAUGCUGCUGUUAGCAGUAUUCGCAUGCAGGUCCAAUGGCUGAUGAAUCCUCGUCUACACCAGGGCCAGCGAGCUACUGGUGUGCGCACAAGUAAUGGCAGCAACAGCAAUAAUGAGACCAGGGCUGGUCAGCUAGGAUCGUCUACACCCGGUCCGAGCAGUGCAGUCGGUCCAUCCUCAGGCUUGCUUAGACCCCGAAGACCGAGCGAUAGCGGACGGGAGGGUACCAAACUUUGA